AUGAAAACACCGCCACCGGGCCAUCCGCUGCGAAGUCUCCGCAAUUGUGUUGCUUUUAGCCAGUUCGGCCAGCGCGAUCUACCGAGUCAGCUAAGUGGCGGCGAUCUUGAUGGAGAUCUUUACAAUAUCAUAUGGGAUAAACAAGCCAUGCCACGAUGGACGUACAGAGCCGCUGACUACCCUAGAGUAAUACCGAAACCUCUCGGCCGACCGGUGCAGAGAGAGGACAUGGCAAACUGGUUCGUUGACUUCAUGAAGUCUGACGUCCUCGGGUUGAUUGCUACGCGACAUCUCAUUUUGUCAGACCAAGACCCUAAUGGCACGCUUGGGCUUGACUGCCUCAAGCUUGCUGGGCUGCACUCCACAGCCGUUGAUUUCUCCAAGACAGGGAUCGCAGUCGAACCGAGCAAUAUUCCAAAGGCCUCCCGAUUCCGGCCUGACUUGUACGUAUAUCCUUUGCGCUCUGGCAACAACACUGCUUAUCUGCGAACUAGCCUUGCACCAGCCCCUCCGGCCCAGCUUUACGAUCGGACCCAGAUUGACUUCCUUGGUGAAGACGAAGCAGUUGAUGAAGACGAAGAUGAGCUCGGGCCGAAUCAUAAGUACUACCCGUCGGUCAAGGUUCUAGGUGAACUUUACCGGAAUGUCAAUGAAAGGCAGAUUUGGGAUGAAGAUAUCAGUCGCGUUGUCUCGAAAGCUGGUCCAUCCGUCUGGGACCAGUUCGUUGGGCUGAUGCAGCGCAAGAUUGAAGAAUACAGCAAAGGACGAAUCAGCUGGAAGACGAAGCGCCAGGAGGCCAAAAGUCUGCGUGACGUGUACGAGGAUACUGUCAACGGCUUCAUGAUACAAUACUCGGACAGCCACAUGAAGCAGCUUACAGAAGUCGAGGUCUUUUGCGGCUCGAUCUUCAACAAAACAGGCUCGCAGACGAGACGUCAAAAGGACAAUUCCAAGAAGCUUAAGCAAGAUUUCGAUCGCCUUGCAGAUCAUAUGACGCAGCAGAUGAGACGGAGAGUCCGGAAUGCCGAGGGGCAUGGCACGGCAGCGUAUAAUAACGUCGACUCUACCACGGAGAAGCAGGAUGUUAGUUCAACGCCUGUUGACGAUAUUGACCGAUUUCUCGCGCCCAACAGGGAGGCUUUGGAGAUGUCUUACGCCUGUCUAAUGGUGGGGCUGCUAAAGAACACCGACGUCGAGUACGAACAUUGGACCCAUUUGGAGAGCUUCAAGGUGAUUGCAGCUAGCGUUCUGCUUAAAGAGCUAACAGAGCUCGCAAAUCGCAUCAAAGGCGGUCGGUUGGUUAACCCGGCUGAUGGGGGCGAGAGCGCGAGCGGAGGCUUCGUCGGUGUCAGCUCUGGGCCUGCCUUCUCGUAUGCGUAUAGCGGCUACGACGUCGAUGUUGGACAGUAUCCAAACUAUGGAUACAGUCAGUAUCUGUGA